CUCCAGCCAGAGCAGAGUAAACCCCUGUCCACAUGGCUACCACCUUCUCCAGCGGCAGCUUCGUUUCCAGCAGGUCCUCGAUGGGCUCCUCACGCUUCUCUUCUGCAGGUGGAGGAGGUGGCCGCAUCAACACCAUGAGGGCUGGAAGUGUGUACGGAGGCGCAGGAGGUUCAGGGGUCCGCACCUCCAGUGCCUCUCGCUCCAUGUCCUCAGCAGGCUCAGGAAGCGGCUUUGGCUUUGGAGGUGGAUUUGGUGUCGGAGGAGGCGCUGGUGGAGGAUUCGGCGGGGGAUUUGGUGGUGCUGCAGCUGGAGGAGGAUUCAGCGUCGGUGGAGGUGCAGACGACAGCGUCAUUGGCAACGAAAAGUUCUGCAUGCAGAAUCUCAACGACCGUCUGGCUGCUUACCUGGAGACGGUCCGCUCCCUUGAAAAGGCCAAUGCAGACCUUGAGCUGAAGAUACGCCAGUUCCUUGAAAACAGAAUCUCUCCUACUGGCUCCACUCAUAACUUCUCUGCCUUCGAAGCUACCAUCGGUGACCUCCAGGCUAAAAUCCUGAGCGCCAUUCAGGAAAAGAACACAGUCCACCUCAGCAUUGACAAUGCAAGCUUGGCUGCAGAUGACUUCAGAAUAAAAUAUGAGAACGAGCUGGCAAUGCGUCAGUCUGUGGAGGCAGACAUUGCAGGGUUGAAGAUUGUUCUUAGUGAGCUCACCAUGAGUCAAAAAGACCUCAACCUGCAGAUCGAAGGGCUCACUGAGGAUCUGGUCUACAUGAAGAAGAAUCAUGAGGAGGACCUCCUGACCUCUCGUGGUCAGAUGAGUGGACAGAUCAACGUGGAGGUUGAUGCAGCACCGCAGGAAGACCUGACCAAAAUUAUAGCUGAGAUGCGUGAGCACUACGAGACUGUCGUAUCCAAGAGCCAGAGAGACCUUGAAGGCUGGUUCCAGCAGAAGUCUGAGACCUUGAAACAAGAGGUUGUAACAAGCACAGAGACCUUGCAGACUUCGAAAACUGAGGUCAACACAGUGAAGAGCACAGUACAGUCCCUGGAGAUUGAGCUUCAGUCUCUCCUUUCCAUGAAAUCAUCCAUGGAAGGCACCCUGGGUGAGACUCAGAAUCGCUACGCCCUGCAGCUGUCCGGCUAUCAGGCACAGGUGAGUGGAAUGGAGGGUCAAUUGGUGCAGCUUCGUGGCGAUCUGGAUCGCCAAAGUCAGGAGUACCAGAUGCUUCUGGACAUCAAGACCAGACUGGAGCUGGAGAUUGCAGAGUACAGGAGACUUCUGGAUGCAGAAGCCAGCGGCAGCCUCAUAAUCUCUGGCUCUGGAUCUGGCUCCAGCUCCUCCUCCAGCUCGAUCACUACCACCAAAGCAGCAGUGAUCACUCUGGUGGAAGAGGUGGUUGAUGAUGGGACGGUGGUUUCUUCCUCUUCAACAACCCUUGUUAAGUGAAGCCCACCAGACACGUGCUGGUUGGAGAACAGACCUUUAGCUCCACUCAUGCUAUCAGA